AUGUCCUACUCGGGCCUCGGUCUCCUAUCGAUAACGAUCUACUUCCUUCUCAAUCUCCUCGUCACCGUCACUAGCAAGCAACUUGUAACCUCUACAUUGAGUCCAUACUUGCUGACUGCCUGUCAUGCUUUCACCACGUUCAUCACUACAAGCGUAUUGUCACGGCUUCGCUCAGUGGUGUCAUCUACAGCCAACCCUCGCAAAUCACCACAGUCCUCUCAUGACGAGUCAAGACUGCCACUCCGUACACAUGCCAUUCUCCUGGCCUUCUCACUGGUGUACACUGUCAAUAUCGGUAUGUCGAACCUGUCACUCGGUCUAGUCAGUCUGGCUAUGCACCAGACCAUCCGAGCUUUGGCGCCGGCCAUUACUGUGCUCUUGACCAUCGUCGUCCUCAAUAGGCCGCUGUCUUUCUAUCCCCUCUCGAUCUACCUCUCACUCAUACCGACCAUCUUCGGCGUCGCGUUGGCUACGGUACCGUCCUCAGCUACUGCGUCUGCCAGUCAUGAUAGCAAUGGACGACCUGAGAACACACACUUUGGUAUCGCACUGACGUUCAUCGGCGCCAUCCUUGCCGUGGGCAAGACGAUGAUCACGCACCAGCUGCAGCAGCCCCGGUCCUCCUCUCCCUCUCCCUCUCGGAUGGUGAACAUAGCCCUCGGUCUCUCAGCGGUGCGACUGGUCAAGUAUCUUUCGCCGUACGCCGUGGCACAGGCACUAUGCUUUGCAUACUUGAACGGAGAACUGAAAUUUCAGCACCCUGUCAUCCAACUUCCUAUGACGGCUUUGGUGACGCGCGAACCAGGUGGACGGGUACGAGUUGGAACAUUGGCUAUAGUGAACGUGUUGUCCGCAUCGGCGUUGAAUAUUGCAUCGUUUGAAGCAAACCGCCGUUGUGGUGCUUUGAGUAUGGGUGUUGCCGGAAACUUGAAACAGGUUGUCAUUCUCUUGCUGGCGAGUUUGAGACGUCGUGGUGGUGGUGAUGAUGAUGGUAGCGGCGGCAAUGGCGGUCAUCAGACAGUUCCAGAAGGGAGAGUUGUCUUGGGCACCUUGAUGACGGCCGCCGGUGGCAUGUGGUAUGCUUGGGCUACUAGCCGUAUGAAAGAUCGAUCGUUCCAAGCACGAGUCUGA